CAUCAACCCUUAACCUUUUUCAUUUUCUCCCCUGAACAAUGGGUGCACAUUGCACCCAUAUGCAUAGGAAAAAGAAAAAAGCAGGUAACGUCUUUGGUUCAGUUCAUGGUCCUUCAUGAACUCUUUUUCUUCUCUGGAAGAUCAGGGUCAUGUUUGAGUUGGGGAGGUUGAUUACUUUCUGCUUUAAGGUAGGAAGAAACUAUAUAUAUUUAACAUGAAGACAUUCCAUUCUCUGAUAGAGCCUCCCCUGGAGAAUUUUGGAUUCUAAUGGUCACUUUAGUUUCUCCUACUCUUCUUCAAUGUCAUCUUGUCUUCCUUGAGCCUCAAAUGAUCCUUCCUUUCCUCACUUUGGUCAAAGCCUUUCCAUAGGAGUUAAAAUUGGGCUGUGGUAAGUGCCUUGGGGCAGUUAAGGAAAGGGAUAGAUUGAUCAACUAUACUCAGAUUUUUUGUAUGGACUUCUUUAGAACAUCCUUAUCUGAAUGGGCUCUGCCUGGUAUACAGUAAUUCUCAAUAAGUAUGUGCUGAAUAAGGGUUUGACUGACUUCUCUUUUUUAAAAGUAUGAGCAACAGCCUAGGUCUCAACACUGCCAUUGGCAGACCUAACCUUACAGGAAGAUACCAUAUCUCCAGCCAGUGAGUCCCUGGUGCCCAUUACCAGUGCUAGUACUUCAGGUUUGUAAGAGUCAAUCUCUGCUGACUCUGCUGGACAAAUGUACAUGGGACCCAGUUUCUGUUUCCUCUUUCUGAGAGUUCUCCAUCUCAUGGAUAUUUACAGUGCUAUUCUUGGUUCUUGGUGAUUUGCAUUUGAAUUUUCAUUUCUGGGAACAUUUUUGUUCUUUCUUCCUCAGUUUCUCUCUUUGGAGCUUUCUCCUAAGUAUUUUUCUUGAUUGAAAGUAGAUGGCCUUUUUUAUCCUUUGGAAGAUGUAGGAGAAACAAGAGUUUGCCGGCUGCUUGUCUAGGAAGCUAUUUGAGGAGAGUGAACAUUUGUCAGUAGAUGACAUUUACUAGUCUGCCAAGGGGAGUCAUUCAAAGGAAGAGGAUUUGAGGAAGUGGUCUUUAGAGCCCAGGAGGGAGUAAGAGCACAUUGCAGACAGGUCUUGUUCCCACCACCUCCAGUGGAUUCACAAGGAAGCAUCAACUCCUGCUGGGGAUUUUGUUAGUCCAUGGGAAUCACUCCUGACUCUCUCCUUUCAUAAUCUGUAUUGGUGGACCUGACUUCAGGGGUUUUACGAUAUUCUGUCAUGGUCACUCCAGUUCCCUUUCAGACUGUCUGGAAGGGAGUCAUUUGGCACUCAAAAUAACUUCUUCCCCUCCUUACUUUUUUUGUCUUAUCUUUUCUCCUUCUGCACUCCUCCCUUCCUAUUGGCUCAAAUUGACUGUCAUUAUUUUGGGCAAUUGAUUUAAGUGAUUCGAUGGACUUUGAGAAAGAAGGACCUGUGGGGCCAAUAUAAGGAAGUAAAGGAGAGAGAGAGAAGACACAGGCAGUAUAUUUUGAAUUUUGAAUCUUUCUAAGUAAUUUUUGUACUUUGCCUUCCUCAUAACGGUACUCAAGUCAAUAAAUGUUAAUAAGUGUUAUUUGAUUGACUUUCUGACUGACUUCCUUUUCCCACAGAGUUAAACAGAAGACUAGCUUCUGGAAGAAAAAAAUUGGACACAUCUUUGCCUGAUGGUACCAUCGCCCCAUCAGAUGACUCCUCGGUGUCCACAAUGACUGCCAACAAUACUUCAGGUUAUAAACAUCAAAUGAGCUUCCCUUGCUUCACAAACAUAUCAUGGAGCUCUUGCUACAAAACCUUCAAACUCAGCUUCACUAUUACCAACAUGUUUUACACAACAAAGAUGAAUCAAAAGGACUCCAGAACAUUCAAGGCUGCUGAGCAUAUCCUACAAAUCUUGCUCAAGGUAUUGUUUGGAAGCAGCAAGCUUGGCUCUCAGUAUUGUGGAUGCAGUGGCCUUUCACUGAGGUCUCUGAAGAACAGCAUAGCAACUGGAGUAGAUAUACUCUGCACUUUCAAGAAGGACUCCUCCAACCUUGUCCUGGACAAAAAGGUGGUUUCCUGGGAGCUGACUGAACAGCUCUGUAGAAGAGAGCUAAAACACCUGGUUAUAGACAAUGAUAGCGUCAUUGUGAAUGGUAACUAGCUUGACUUUUGGGAUAUCUGCCUCUCUUUCUCUGGGUGGUUCCCUUUCCAGAAAACAACUCACCUGCCCCAAACUCUUCUUUCCUUUCGGGUCUCCUUUGUUUUCAUGGUUUCUCUCUCACUCCUGGGAGCACUGGCCCUCAAAGUGGUGACAAACUAUGAAGACAUGGGGAGCUCACUUCUCAAGAUCAGAAGAGACUGGAUUGUUUUUAGACUCCUUCAACAAAGAAGUAUGCCAUGAAUGCCUUCUUGAAUGCUGAAGCACCAUUUUUCCCCUAUGGGCCCCAAACCAACUCCUCUCCAUUACUCCUUUAACUUUUUUGCCCACAAAGAGAUACCCUACUCAAAUUCUCUUCCUCCCUCUCUCCCCCCUCUAUCUUUACUUCCCUCUCUCCUUCUCUCUCCUUCUUACUCUCUCUCUCCUUCUCUCUCUCUCUCUCUCUCUCUCUCUCUCUCUCUCUCUCUCUCUCUCUCUCUCUCUCUGUCUCUGUCUCUCUCUAUCUCUCUGUCUCUCAACUUUCUUUAUUUCUUCUAUCUUUUCUCCCUCUCUUUUCUCUUUCUUUUUUGGCCUUCUUUUCUGUACCUUUCCCAAAAUCUUGUGUUUAUGUCUCUUCUGUCCCAUUCUCUUUUCUCUUCUUUUUCUCUUCCCAGUCUCUAUUCUCUUCUUGUCUUCCCUCCUUUCAUCUGCUGUCCCUUGCCUCGUCCUUCCCUGCCCUCACCUUCUCUCCAAAACUUGUUCCCUCUGAAUUUUUCUUUCUUCUUUUCUUUUCCCUUCUCAAACUAUAGGGUAUCAACAUAAGCUGCCAGGAAUCAGAUCCACAAAGAGAAGUGAGGUUGGUGUAGGACCUGUCACCCAUAUCCCAGACCAUGGAGAACCAGGAAAAAUCAUGACAUCACUGACUAGUGGCCUCCUGAUCCGUGAAUCCCCUGUAUAUGCUAUAGAGAGUGACAUUGGUAUAGGGCCCUUCACCCAUAUCCCAGACCAUGGAGCACCAGGAGACAUGACAUCAGUGACCAGUGAAUCUACUGUAUGUGCCAUGGGAUUCUCUACUGAGACUUCAGGGACACUGAAGAAAGUGAGUGGAUCUGACCAGGGAAGAGAACCAACAAACUCCACCAGUAUCCCUAUGACUGGCUUUAUCGGGAGAGAUUCCAUUGCUGACACUGAAAAGGACAUACGUGUCAUGGAGACAACUCCAAGAGCCACAGCCACUCAAGACCCACUUCUCACUGUUUGCACUGGAGCAGGUGACCUCAUCCCUGGGAUGCACAGGAGAACUGUGUCCUCUCCCACCGAAACCUCAGUUCCAUCUGAGAUAUCCUCUGGAGUCACCAUUGCCAUUGCAAGGACCUCACUCUCCAUGACUCCAGUAGAAAUCACAGCUAGCCCCGGCUCCAGUGCUCCCUUAAACAUCAGCCUAAGCACAAGAACAGCUUCCCUUGAGCCUGCUACUUCGUUGGAGGACCCAGGGCCAGCCGGCCUGCCUCCAGAAACUGAGAGAAACCCACAGGCAACACCAACUCCAGCUAUCACCCUGCCUCCAGCCAGCACACAGGAAGUUUGCACAACAGCAUCUCCCAGUCCUCCUGACACAACCACAGAGGGCAGCAGUGUCCAGGCAGGGACAGCCUCUGUUUCUGAUCAGGUGCCUUCCACUUCCAGCCUCUUCCCAAGAGGUGAUGCUGGUGUGGUGCCAGACACACAUGCCCAAGGCCAUAAUGCACCAGGAAGCACAGUUGCACCAAUAAGUAGCCCCCUGACCCCUGUGUCUACUAUUAUUCCCUCAGGUCCAAAUAUUGUUCCCCCUUUCCUUCGGUCCCCCUCUUGGAGAGAUGCAGCAGGGAGAUACAACUGGAAGAGCUUCAUCCUUAACUUCACCAUCACCAACAUGUUUUAUACAACCAAGAUGGCUCAAAGGGAUUCCAGCACAUUCCGUCUUCCUGAAUGUUUCCUGCAGCGCAUGUUCAAGGUAUUGUUUGAAAGAAGCAGCCUUGGUUCUCAGUAUUGUGGAUGCAAUGUGAUCUUGCUGAGGUCUAUGAAAAAUGGGGCAGCAACAGGAGUGGAGGUUAUAUGUUUUUAUAAGGAAGUUUUCUCUGUCCCCGUCUUGGACAAGAAGAAGAUUUACCAAGAGCUGAGUCAAGAGACAAAUGGAAUAACAAGGCUUGGACAUUAUAUUCUAGAUAAGAAAAGCCUCUAUGUGGAUGGGUAUAACCCUCAGAUGAUGCCACCCCCCUACACAAAAGAAUCAGUCUACCACCAUGGGUCCAGAAGAUGGAGGAAAGUCUACCGAAUGAAUGGCCAUCUGUUUCAAUCCAAACGUUUUAACAGAAGAGCCUACUGUGCCCAGUGCAGUGAAAGGAUAUGGUGUCUCGGAAGGCAAGGCUACAAGUGUAUCAAGUGCAAAUUACUGGUCCAUAAAGGUUGUCAUAUUUUUGUACCACGGACCUGCAAAAGGCAUAUGGAUUUGAUGAUGCCAUCCCAAGAAACUCAAGUAGAGGAUAAAAAUGAUAAAGUUGACCUUCCCUCCGAAGAAAAUGAUGGACUCGCUUAAGUUCCCUCAACCUGGAAACAGGACAGCCUUAAAGAUGAUUCUGGGGACAUUAAGCCAGUUAUCGAUGGGAUGGAUGGAAUUAAAAUAUCUCAGGGGCUCGGGCUGCAUUGCCACUAAUGGAUAAAUCCAUUACCCUCAAUUGUAUUGUA